AUGGGUUUCGGUUUCUUUGUUUCUCUACUGGUGCUUUCACUUUUCUUGAAGCCUUUGGCUUGUCAACAACCCAAUACAGAUGGGUUCUUUGUCUCUCAGUUCUUGCAAAAGAUGGGCUUAUCCUCUUCUCAGCUCUACAACUUCUCUGCUCCUCUUUGCUCAUGGAAAGGAGUAUUCUGUGAUGCAAAAAAGGAAUAUGUUAUUGGCUUAGAGGUUUCUCGUUUGGAACUCUCUGGUUCUAUCCCUGAUACCACUAUUGGAAAGCUCACCAAGCUCCAGACUUUGGACCUUAGCAACAACAAAAUCACUGGUCUUCCUUCAGAUUUGUGGAGUCUAGGCUCACUCAAGUACCUUAAUCUCUCCCAUAACCGGAUUUCUGGGUCCUUGCCAAACAACAUUGGCAACUUUGGUCUACUUGAAAGCUUCGACCUUUCCAGCAACAAUUUCUCUGGUGAAAUUCCUGCUGCUAUAAGCUCCCUCGUCAGUCUGCGAGUUCUUAAACUCAGCCAAAACUGGUUUGAAAAGAGCAUCCCAUCAGGAAUUGUGAGUUGCCAAUCUUUGUUUUGGAUUGAUCUCUCAUCGAAUCGGUUAAAUGGGUCUCUUCCAGAUGGUUUUGUUGCUGCAUUUCCUAAGCUCCAAAUAUUGAAUCUUGCUGGAAAUGAGAUUUCUGGCCGGGACUCCGAUUUCUCAGAGAUGAAAUCCAUUACUUCUCUUAAUAUUUCCGGGAAUAUGUUUCAGGGUUCGGUAGUAGGUGUCUUUAAGGAGCUGUUGGAGGUGGUUGACCUGAGCAGGAACCAGUUUCAAGGUCACAUUUCUCAGGUACAAUUCAAUACUAGCUACAAUUGGUCUCAUUUGGUUUAUUUAGACCUUUCUGAGAAUCAGCUUGGCGGAGAAAUUUUACAUAAUUGGAAUCAAGCCCAGAAUCUCAAACACCUUAACCUAGCAGACAAUAGAUUUACAAGGCAGGAAUUCCCAAGAAAUAUGGAAAUGCUUUUGGGUUUGGAAUACCUUAAUUUGUCUAAAACUAGUCUUACGGGUCGCAUUCCUGCUGAGGUUUCCAAAUUGAGUAACUUGAAUACACUUGAUCUUUCUCAGAACCAUCUUAUAGGCUACAUUCCAUUACUCAGUAUAAGAAAUCUCCAAGUUUUUGAUGUUUCAUUCAACAACUUGAGUGGAGAAAUCCCUGCAUCACUCUUGGAGAAACUCCCUUGGAUGGAGAGGUUCAACUUCUCUUACAAUAAUUUGACACUUUGUGCUUCUGAAAUCUCCCCUGAAACCCUCCAAACAUCUUUCUUUGGUUCAUCAAACAGCUGCCCCAUUGCAGCGAACCCGGUACUUUUAAGAAGACGAGCCACUAAGGACAAGCACAAGGGACUAAAGCUUGCUUUGGUUUUGACCUUCUCAAUGGUAUGCUUGCUUGCUGGUUUGCUAUUUCUAGCAUUUGGUUGCAGAAGGAAAACCAGAAUGUGGGAAGUAAAACAACCCUCAUACAAGGAAGAGCAAAAUAUAUCAGGCCCCUUUUCAUUCCAGACUGAUUCAACUACAUGGGUUGCGGAUGUUAAGCAAGCAACUUCGGUCCCUGUAGUAAUUUUCGAGAAGCCAUUGCUGAAUUUCACAUUCUCAGAUCUCUUAUCUGCAACUUCAAAUUUUGACCGGGGAACCCUUUUGGCUGAAGGGAAAUUUGGGCCUGUUUAUAGAGGAUUUCUUCCAGGUGGAAUUCAUGUAGCAGUGAAAGUUUUGGUCCAUGGUUCUACAUUGACAGACCAGGAAACUGCAAGAGAGUUUGAAUAUCUUGGUCGAAUCAAACACCCCAAUCUUGUUCCAUUGACUGGAUAUUGUUUAGCUGGGGACCAAAGGAUUGCUAUCUAUGAUUACAUGGAGAAUGGGAACCUUCAGAAUUUGCUUUAUGACUUGCCACUUGGGGUUCAGACAACAGAGGAUUGGAGCACAGAUACAUGGGAAGAAGAUGAUAACAAUGGCAUUCAAAAUGUUGGUUCUGAAGGGUUGUUAACAACUUGGAGAUUCCGUCACAAAAUUGCACUUGGCACUGCGAGAGCAUUAGCAUUUCUACACCAUGGUUGCUCACCUCCAAUUAUUCAUAGAGACGUCAAAGCUAGUAGUGUUUAUCUGGAUUAUAACUUGGAGCCAAGAUUAUCUGAUUUUGGACUGGCUAAGAUUUUUGGCAAUGGUUUAGAUGAAGAGAUCUCUCGAGGGUCACCGGGGUACCUGCCGCCUGAGUUUUCUCAGCCAGAAUAUGAUACUCCAACACCAAAAUCUGAUGUAUAUUGCUUUGGAGUUGUUCUCUUUGAGCUGAUUACUGGGAAAAAGCCAAUUGGUGAUGAUUAUCCUGAGGAGAAAGAUGCAACUUUGGUGAGCUGGGUUAGAGGAUUGGUUAAAAAGAACAGGGGAGCAAGCGCUAUUGACCCAAAAAUUCGUGAUACAGGACCAGAUGACCAAAUGGAGGAGGCGCUCAAGAUUGGAUAUCUGUGCACAGCUGACCUUCCCUUAAAGCGACCGAGCAUGCAUCAGAUAGUUGGUCUUCUUAAAGAUAUGGAACAAACAGGUAACCAAUGA